AAUUCCUGUCAAAAGUUUGAAAGAUCUUUCUUUUGUAAGCAUAUAAAUAGGAGCAAUCUUCCUCUGCUCGCCACAGAUUUCCCCAAGAAUACCUCUGCACUCACCCUUGGACAGACAGGAAAGCUUGAUUCAAAAUGAAGCUCCUUGUUCUUGCAGCCUGCAUCAUUGGGAUGGCUUACAGUGCUCCUUUAGAGAUGUACAUGGAGUUUGACAUCCACCAUGCUCCCCCUCAGGCAGCCCAGGCAAUCCCAGCAGGAGCACCAAUAGGGUCCCUGGAAGUUCUGCUCCCUGUUAAUAGACAGAGACAGUUUGUUGGUGGACCUGUCCAUGGAUUCAUUAAGCAGGAGAUUCCUGGGGAGAAUGGGAAAAAUGAUGAGAUUUAUUAUCCCUUUGGGUUCAACCAGCCAGAUCCAGCUGCAGCUGCACCUAUUGUCCCUGCUGCCCCUGCUGCUCCUGCUGCUCCUGCAGCUCCAGCUGUUCAGGCUGCACUUGCUAACCCUGUUGUUAUCCUUGCAGCUCCUGUUGCCAAACCCAGUGAUGACGAUGAGGAAGAUGACUAAAAAGACCAGAGUCAGCAGCAGUUUUGCUCAUGCAUGCAAAAAGAGGUGAGGAGUCCAGCUACGAGCCAAGAUGAAAAAUAACGAGUCAUCAUUGGUUGUUUAGGAAGCUUGUAAUACAUUUGGUGCUGUGCAUUAUGGGAGGAAAAUUCUAGUCUAGAUGGUGCUACCUUCUUUCUAAAAACAUGAAAAAAAAUGAUGCAACACUUGCAACUAUUAGCAUGCUGUGAAACAUGAUUGUCCUUUUUCCAUUUAUUUGCAUAUGAUUUCCUUAUCAGUAAAUAAAGCAGAUAAAUGCAUUAA